AUCAAACGCAGAGAGUGGAUGAAUGCUUGCUGGGGCAGACGAAGCUUGUUCGUGAGGCUCUCCGGAAAGAGCCGAAGCUAACUAACACAAUGACGUGAUCAACGAGCGCCGCCAGUUUGAUGCUUUUAGCUUCACAUUAAUAUGACGCAAAACUCUCACCAUUCCAACGAGAAGGACUCGAUGGUGGACUGAUCCUCAUCCCAGUCAUAAUAUAUAACUGCAACUGAGCCACACUCAAUACCAUCAAGUUUCUACUGCUAUAACCUGUAACAUUAGGGAAAGCCAGAGGACAACUACUAUUCUUGAUUUGAGGCCAGUUUAAAAAAAAACAAACAAAAAAAAAUACAGACCUAAGAACGUUCCCCACCACGUGGAUAAAAAGAGCAGAAGGGAAGAGGGGAUCAGUGUUUGAAGUGGUCUCUUGGGGAUGGGGUUAAAUUAUCAGAGGAGGACGUCAUGGUUCACAGCAACUCUGCUUCCCCAAUGAAAACAUCCCUUCCGCCUAAUGUAACAGAGGCUGCACCUCCUGAGAAAGCAGCAACUCCUCCAGUGCUGCCUCUUAGAGACACUUCUGAUGAGGACUCAUCUCAUAUUCCACCUAAACUCCUGGCCUCAGAUGUUACCUCCAUUUCAGAUGUCUCCCAGCCCAUUACUCAAUCGCAUGACAAAGCUGGGUCACCAGUUAUAACCCCUAAAAUAGCAUCUCAAAUUAACUCAAGCCCAACGUCAGACUGGUCUUCUACACAGACAACAACCCCCACUCAAGGUACAAUUAAUGGCCGCACAUCAGGCCGAAAGAGGACUCCCAAGACGUGUGACUGUUGCGGCCCCAAGAGAAGGGGGCAUGAUGUCAGAACUCCAGGCAGAGCGAGAGGGAGAGGAAAGGGACGAGGCAGAGGAAGAGGCACUGGAAGAAACAUCCAUGACACCCCACAACAGAAAAGCGGGGACAAGCUCAUGAGAAUAAUUGACUUUGACUUGACAGAGGAUGAGUUGGCGGAAGUGGAGGAUGAAAAUGACAUGCAUGAGGGUAUGAAGGUAUCAAAUCCACCGUCAGAGUCAAUAGCUCCUUCACGUGUCUGUGUUUCUUUACUGGAUGGGGAUGUCUUGGAAAGCGGUCAGAUAUGUUUCCCAGAAAUGACAAUGCCAGCUACGAAGCAAACGGUAAUUGGACUUAAACAAGGUGUUGAAAAUGCCGUUAUUGUCAAUUCUAAAAAUGCCCAAACCCUGUCAGUGUUGGUGUCGCAUGAGGAGCAUAUGAACUGUACAUUGGAUGCAUCACAGAUGGAAAAUGGAGAUUCAGUUAUUUUGUCUGAAACAGAACCUGAAAACGAGACACUUGAGGACAAAAGUAGCAUGAGUGAACCAAGAAAUGGAACACUUGGCUCAUCAGGAGAGUCAGCCUCCCCUUCAAAGCCAGGAAGUCCUCAGAACCACGACUCAGAGAUGCAUGUAGUACUCGAUUGUGACAGAACGGACCCAUUGUCUAUAGGUCUGUCACCUACUCUGUCCAAUGGGAAUGCCAUAUCACCCGCAGACCACAAUCCCAGGUCCACACCCAUGGAAACAGAUAGCGAAAAUCCAGCUAUUGUUUCUUCUCAUUUUCCUAUUUCAGUAUGCAGUACACAGUACUGCUGCGCACUAAGAGACCACAUGUUGUACUGUCACCCCGGAACUUGGGAGGAAGAGGAAAAGCCUAUUAAGAAUCUGUCAGAAGAAACAAAAGUACAAGAGAUGGAAGGAGACACACAAAGUGAUGAUAGCCUGGAGAGACUUAUUAAUCUGGUCCAUGAGUUUUUGGAGAGCUUCUACAUAAAAUAUGGCAGUUUCAUUCCCCUCAGUGAGACAGAUGUCCUUGAAUACCUGAAGAUGAACGGCAACUGCAACGACUUCAGCAACACGGGAUUAAAUAUCCAAAAGGAGAUGGCGCGCUAUAAGGCAGCACUAGCCUCUGCACCUGUUGCUGGCUUUAUGGUCAUGUAUAACAAGCAUACGUUGAGCCUGGAGGAUCUUGCCACGCUGGAGGAACAGAACUGGAUAAAUGACCAGAUUAUCAACACGUAUGGAGACUUGAUUAUGGAAGCAGCUCAGCAUAAUGUUCAUUUUUUCAAUAGUUUCUUCCACAAGCAGUUGGAUGCCAAGGGCUACGAAGGUGUAAAAAGAUGGACCAAAAAAGUGGAUUUGUUCUCCAAGUGGCUCCUGCUAAUUCCCAUCCACUUGGAAAUCCAUUGGUCUCUCGUCACUGUGAACAUGGCAACUAAGACCAUCAAUUACUUUGACAGCCAGGGCAUCGUCUUCCGACACACUGCAGAUAACAUAAUGAAGUACCUUCAGUCAGAAGCUCAAGAGAAGAAACAAACUAAUUUCCUGAAAGGUUGGAAGAUUGCGAUCAACAAGGGCAUUCCUCAGCAGAAAAAUGACAGUGACUGUGGUGUUUUUGUCCUUGAGUAUUGCCGAUGUCUCUCGGUGAAGAAACCUCUGCUCUUCAGUCAGGACGACAUGCCUCGCAUUCGCAAACGAAUCUAUAAGGAGCUGUGUGACCGACACCUCAACUCUUAAAUGAUUGAACAAUGGCCGCCUCAGAUCACAAGACUGCUUGCCUGUUUACAUGCAGGUCUGCAAGCUUGUCAGACAGAUCUUAUUUUACUGAACAUCUGUUACAUAAGGUUCACAAACAACUGGGCUAUCUGCUUUCCAAUGAGCAGCAGAUUUCUUUGUUGACUAGGAAAGAACUACUGACAUGGCCUCCUACUGAUGCUGGACUCCUAUGCUUCACGUUGCCUUUUUGCUUUUAGCAUGGCCAGUUGAUUUGAACUGGCCACUCUUGAGGACAGGCGGGAUGUCUUCCUUGGACACAUGCAGGCACUCAAACUGCUUCGACCAAAUAGAGUGGCCAUUUUAAACAUAAUGAUUCUUAAAGAGCGUGUUUUAUGCAGGACUUUGACAGCAGCACCUCAUAUGUUUGUGUUAUCAUAUGUUCGUGUUAUCUGACGAUGUAUAUCAAGAGAAAAAGUGUGAUUCAGUGGACCAACUGUUCACCUAAAACUUGAAGAUGUGAGUUGGCUUCUCUUUUUUGGACUGCUAAUAUUUGCACGGAUAUUGAAAAUUUCUACUUUGAAGAAUUUAGAAUAACAAGCGAAUGUACUACCUGUGUACUCUUGCUUUCUGCUCUGUGAUUUAGUAUCAUACAAGCUAAUGGCUCAUGUUAGUUAUGGCGCAAAACAAGGGUACAGAGUUGACUUUGUUUUGAGUAUCAGGUCUUUGUCCCGUGACACCAAAUCAUUUCUUCUUGAAAUUCCAUUUUUUUUCACCAUAUUAUGCUAUUAUUUACCAGAUUGUUUCGCUAUACUAGUUAAACCGUGAUUUGAAAAACAUUUAAGUGUGUCCAUCCAUUUGAACUAAUAUAUACUUUCUCAUGAUUGUUAGAUGUGCAAAUAAAGCUGCUGAUGUGAAGGCCACAGUUGUAGGUGUUAGCCAAGCAGACAUAUUGUAUUAGAAGACAUUUUGAUGCAGGUACAGAAAGACUUUCUUAGUUACCUGUUAUUGGAAAAAACAAGUGGACCGUUUAUUCGUUCCCAAGCGUCCUUUCCAUCUUGCGUUUGCUGUUGUAUCCCCUCGUGGAUUUAGACUUUAUAGUACUUUAACUACUGUAAAUGCUUGCUUUGGUUAAAUGCCACAAGGGAAUCUUUACUGUUUUUUUUUGUUUUAUUUUUUUUAAUCCAAGACUGCUGCCAACAUGAUGUUUUUCUCUUUGUAUUGCUCUUAUAUGUCUUUGAUAAGGUAACAUUGAGGCAACAACAUGCAGUGACUGGAUUGAUUGUUUUACCUGUACUUGAACUCAUAACAACCUAUAGUCCCCGAGUAUUUACCCUCCAGGUAAAUACUCAACCGUAGUUUGUGAAUUCUUUUUUUUUUUUUUUUUUUAACCAAUAUUUUAUCAGUCAUCUGACCUUAAAGACAAUUCUUUGUGUCUAUUAUCAUUUCGGUUUCUGUAUUGUGUUAAUGCUGAGUCAAGCUUUUACUAAAGGGCCCCUGGCCUGGUACUGGUCCGCGGCCCGGUGGCUGUAGUACAUUCACAGUAUUGAAAUGAUUGUAUCAUAUUAACUGGAUUGUAAUAGCUUUCAGAUGUUGCACACGCAGGCAUUCUUCGAUAUCCUGGCACUUUCUCCGGUCGGCCACAUUGUUUCCAAUCCUCAAUUCAUGUUUCCAAUUGUAAUUUUUAUGAGGGCCGUAAUUCUGAGCAUUCUUCUCAAGCCUUUUAUUUUACUGCACUACAAACUGCGACCAGGAGAGGUAGCUCUAUAUCAGGAUUUAGCAUUAGCUCUUUGAGAAGACUUGUUGUUUUCCCUAAAAGAACUCAUCCAGACCAGAGACACCUCAUGAUGUUUGUUCUCGACCUGUGGCUGCUGAACAAACUAGUACGCAAAGAAAUUAAAAAAUAUUGACAUCACUAUUUUUACAUCAACCUACAAAGUAGAUGACCUUUAAGAAUAUAGGUGUACAGGGGUUAUGAUAAUCAUAUAUUCCCAGAAUGUUUCAACAUCACAGAAGUGGGCUUAAACAGUGCAGAAGUUGAUGGCAUUCCCUGGGUUAGGGUUUAGGGUUUAGGGUUAGGGUUAGUCCAAGUCCACUGCUUCUAAACAGUAGUCUUGGAUCUAAACUAAAACGAGUAGUGCACGAAAAAAGUCAAGAGAACCAAAAUCUUUGUAUUAUUCUUUAUGGUAUGCAUAUUUAUAUUGUACACAGUUACUUAGCUAUGACUAAGAAACUAUCAUAUUUAAUUGGUUUAAGAAUAUGAUCGAAGCUCCUCCAUUAUACGCGGGUGAAGAAGCACACAUAAGAGCGAUAGCUAAAUGACUUUAUCUUACCCACCAAAUCAAAUUCAGCUCUGCACAGGCAGGUUUAAGGGCUGCUAAGCUCUUGUAUUUUAUUUCUUGAAAGUGUGGGUGGGUGGGGGUAUAAUAAGAUAAACACAUGGGGGAAUGGGAAAAAUGGUAAAUGUUGCACUUGAAAUUGCUACUGUCAUUUCUUUUCAUCCCUUUUGUCUCUUUUGGCCCAUUAAGUCUCUUCUGGUUGAUGCCAAGCAUCGGUUUUAGCUCAAUUGCCCCAUGUUGUGUUCUUGGUCUGAGUAUCAAAGAGUAGUAGUAGCAGUAGUUCGUACCAUAGGUUCGUCUUUAGACUAGCUAUAUGAUAGUCUGGCCUUUGCUGAGGGGGAGUCAGUUUCAAAUCUGUGGGAUUAGUUUUGUGUGUACUGGGAUUUAGGAAGGCGUGUGGUUUUCAUCUUGACUCUGCAACAGUAAUUCUCAAGAAUGUGUGGAGCCUAAACUGCAGCUAUUUUUCAGUGUCUGAACAUUGGUUGCCUUCAGUAUUUACAAAAGUGAGCAGCAAUCAGUCCAUUUUUUUUGUGACAGCGGCUCUGGUAAAACUUUGUUCUGUGACCUAGAUUAUUAUUUUUUUUUCGUGCUGAACGACAUCAUCCAAGUGGAAAUCACACAAAAGUAGAAUUGUUGCAUCUUGUCGUUGGAUGAUUAUUUUCUCCAGGUGUGUUUGAAAGACUGACUACCACCAUAUAUAAUACUGUCACAUGAGUCAUCCAGCUCCACUGCUCCUUGCUAGUCUAUUACAACGAACCCCAAUGAAAACACGAGAUCUUAUUGAAACUGAAUGUUCAGAGACCCAGAGUGAGAAAAUAAAAAAAUUAUUUGAGUUGGGUACAGACAGCAGCGGAGAAAAGGAUUAAGACAUUUUUGGACAAGUGGUAGUAGGCUACCCAGAAAAAUUGCAUGCCAAUGAACUCCUGUCUGUAGAUAUUGCCUGCAUAUAAUUUAUUAAUUGGUGCAUCUGUACUGGAAUUAUACUUUCUUUUUAUGACCAGUUUUUGAUGCAAUAAGCCUUAAACUUUUACAGUACUGAAGGUCUUGAGUCAUUACAGGGCAUCCUUCUCAUUUUAUUCCCUAUAAAUUACUAUUUCCCUCAUAGCCAUGUCAGAAUAAUCCCUAUUACAUGAACCAAGGACCUAUUAUGGAACUAUAGUGAGACCUUUGACUGUUACAAUCACAUCCAGACUAUCCUCACUGUUCAUAAGAAGGUUAAUAACCGUUCUCGUACGGCAUUUAAGGGACACAGAACUCAGAAUGAAGUAAUAAUUCCAUCUAGGCAUCAAUGAUUGGGAGAUUUUAAAAGUGCAAAAAAUUGUGGAAUUGAAACUGAGUCAGGGAGUUUGUCACAUAAUCUCUGUGCCUGCUUCUUCUGACUCACACAUGCUCUUCAUCCAGCUAGUGGUCUUACUCGUCCUCUUGUACUGCGUUUGUUUUGAAUGUCUGUUUUUGUUUUUUUACCUUUUUUCUGUGUUUAAGUUCCUACCGGGUUUGGAGCUCAGUCUGGUGCUCAGAUGUUGCCUGCUAUGUUUGAGCAUUUUGAAAAUACUAGGGAUAGGCAAAAUAAGUGAUUAGUUGAUUGAUUGGUUGUUGAGAACUAUUUUAAUUGUUUCCGGUUCAUUGCUGAUGAAUGCAUCUGGAAGAAAUUGAGGCAAAAAUGGUGCAAUAUUUAGCUGCAACUAGCUACUAAAUAAGUUUCAAUGAGCUUGAUCAACAUAACUUCAGUUCGGCCUUACAGCCAUACAGACCGACAAUAUGGUCCUACAAAGAUCCACAGCCACUUUCUGGCUAUGCAGUCUGAAACACUAUCAUGCAGAUGCACCCAUAUCCCCCGUGGGUGAGACAUAAUUAUGUCAAAACCAAAUGGUAAGCUGAGCUGCAUUCGGUUUUGCUGGACGGACUGAUUAGCAUUAGCUAACAGCGCUAACUUCUAUUAAUAGGCACAUGUUUGAUUGCUCAGUAAAGUUAGUGGUACCUUGUUUAAGUUCAAUUCAUUCAGUGACCAAACUUGUAACUCAAUUUACUUGUAUAUCAAUUACAUUUUCUCAAUUGAAAUUAAUUGAAAUUUCAUUAAUCGAUUCCAUAUUCCAAAAAGGGACACUUUUUGUUUUUGUUUUUUUAAUAGAUGAAAACUAUCACUGUACUAUAUGAAAACAAUAAAAGAAAACAAAGAAUUCAA